AUGGAAUAAAAGAUUGAAGAAUUGAAUUAGAAAUACAGUAAUUUGAUUAAUCAAGAGGAUAAUUAGAAUAUUAAAUUUACUAAAAACUUUUAAAAUUUCUACUUAUAUGCAAUAUCUGCUGGAGAAGAGGAUUUUUCAAAAGGUAUUUAGGCAACUAAAAAACUUAAAAAAUUAAUUGAUACAUUAUUUGAAUCAUCAAAAUUAGCCAAUUAAAUCAUUGUUAAUGAAGCUUUCUCUAGGUAUAAUGAUAUUUUAAUUUAGUAUUUAAACACUGAUUGCUAUUCUUUUAUAAAGUACAAGAUGGCAAGAUAAUAAUGCAGGAAUAUGGAUUAUAAUUGUAUUAAUUAAUUUUUAAUUUAAUAGUUUUACUUAGAAUCCAAUUAUAAUUUCUUAGAUAUCAAAAAUUUAAGUUAAAUUUUUAAACUUCAUUUAACAUAAUAUUUGGAAGUAUCAGAAGAAAUGUUUUAAGAAAAUACAUCAAAAUUAUUAACAUUAUUAAUGAAUAAGAAUGAUAUAUAUCUAAAACCAGAAUAUUUGGAAAUUCAAGAAAAGCUUAUACAAAGUAUGAAUUCAUCAUUAUAAUAUUGUGAUUAAUAUUAAGAUUAUUAUUAAGUUAUCAUAAAUUAUUAAAGUAUAAUAAUUACUUAUAACAAGAUUAAGACAAUAAUCAAUUAAUUGGACUGCAUAAUUAAAAGAUAAAUUUUUAAGAAAAAUAUAUUUCAAAGAUUUAAUUAAGUCCAUUAUUAUAAAUACUUAAAGAACUUUAAAAUAAAACAAAUAUUAAUAAUUUUACAGAUUUAUUAUUGAAGUGUUGUUUAAUCAAUUAAAAGUAAACCUAAUUAUCUGCUUUUAAUUAAUUGCUUAAUGUAGAAGAUGUUGAUUAAAAUGAUUUUAUUGAAGUCUUAAGAUAUUCUUUAUUACAUAAUAAUAUUGAAAUCACAAAAUUAGGAUCCUAAUUAGCAAAAUAAGUUAUUAAGAAUUAUGAAUGUAAUUCUCUUUAAGAUAUUAAAUUGCUAAUAUUUUUAAAUUAAUAUUUAGUACCUGUUAGAGAUAUUUCAAGUGAUUUGAUCUUCGAUAAAUUUAAAGUCUAGAAAAAUGAUGUUUCUAUUUUAACAGUUAAUUUCAAGUUAAUAUUAAACAUCUGUUCAUUAUAAGCUUUAAAUGAAGAUUGGGAAUAUAGAGAAUAGGCAUGGAGAAUUUUAUUUUCUGCAAUAAAACUAUAAAGUUCUUAAGAAAUUUCAUAAUAUAAAAAUUAAUUAAUUUCGUUAUGUUAAACUGCAAAAAAUGAAACAUAAGAGAGGCCAAUCUAUUAUUUUUUAUAUUUUUUUGAAUUAGUAAUUAAGAAAAUAUAAGAUUCAGAUAAAAAUUAAAAUUUAUUUUUUGCUAAAAUUAUUUGUAAUUUUGUAGGUCAAUUUAAAAAUCAGGGAAUUACAAAUAAAAUUUGUGAUAUUUUCAACUGUUUUGAUUUUAAUGAUGCAUAACUCUAAUAAUUGUAAAUUCAAAGUAAUGUUUAAGAUUCAAGUGAAAUUUAACAAGCAUGGAAAGUAAUAAGACAAAAACUUCUAUAACCUAAACCUAAAGUUUGA